UAAGAGGUGUUUCACGUAAGAGAGUUAGCCAAAGAGACUGACAGACAGGACGUCACAGUGAUAAGAGGAAGUUCCCACACUUCCCACAUUAUGUGAAGUCCGCUUGCAGUGUCCUGUAGUUACCAUAAACACAUCAGACCACCAAGACAAGCUGCUGUCUGAUAGCUCUCGUUUUGCUGUGGAUUAGUUGAGACUGAAAUGAAUCUACCAACCAAGGAACAGUUUGAGGAGUGGAGCUCAGCACAGGUAGCCAGCUUCUUGUCUCAGAACAAGAUGCGUGACUGUGCUGUUACCGUCCAGAGAAUGAAGAUCGAUGGACGGUGGUUCCUGAAUCUCUCCGACAACGAUCUGAGCAAGUUCAGCCUCAUCCACCGCCCGCAAAUCCAAAAAAUAGUUCAGGACAUCAAAAAGAAUGAUGACAGCAUUCUCAAUCGCUUAAAACGGUUCCAAACUGAACAGACAGCGAACAUUCUCAAAACAGGCAGAAAUACACUAGACAGACUAAAAAACAAAGGACCUCCAAAAGUACCUGCAAGAGACUACCCUGGUGAUACCCAGGAGUCAGAACAGUCGUCUGAUUCUGAAUUCGACAGUGAUGUGUAUGAAGAACCACAGGCUGAUUACAACUAUGAGCCUCCUCCUUGUGAGAGAGUCUUCACUCCUCCCCGAGUGAUCAAGUACACAGGAGGAGACUACUUGGACUCACGUCCUAGUCGACAAACACAACCUAAACCGAUGAAGCCCUUCCUUCCAACCAAACCACCAAUUCCAGAGAAGCCUAAACAAGCAGCAAAGUAUGAUGAGGACUAUAUUGAUCCUGAGGAUGGCACAGAUGAUAACUAUAUUGACCCUUCUGAAAAAGAUCAUCAAGAAAUUCGAUCAUACAGUCCAGAUGUCUAUGAGGUUCCUGACCAGGAUGACUCUCCAUCCAUCAGCAGGUGCAGCCCAAAGCUACAGCCCCCUGCACUACAGCUGCCCCCUAAACCAAGCCCCAGAAGUAAUAUGAAAAAGCCGCUUACAUGUCCAGAGCCACAGGAUGAGGAAGACUAUGAAAUUUGCACAGAUAAUGACAGUCUGACAGAAGAGCAGGAGAAGAAGCCGGUCGAAAACAGACAUCCAUCUAUACCUGUCCCUCUCCCAAGAGACGCGAAAAAUCCAAAGCCAAUAGUUUUCCAGAAACGAAGCAUUCCAACUAGAGACCAGGAAGCUUGGGGUCCGGCUCCCAGUGUGGCAUCUCCACCCACUACAGGAUUCCAUCUUGUUAACAGAUCACUGCCACGUGACAACCCCUGCCAGAAGUCUUCACCAGGGAGAGGAAGCUUAUCUCAGGAGGACAGUGCCACUAGGCAGCAAGAGGAGGAGGCUGGUGUGUAUAAGAAGCCGUGGUACGCCGGUACCUGUGACCGCAAAACCGCAGAGGACGCACUCACCCGGUCAUCCAAGGAUGGUUCUUACAUGGUGAGGAAGAGCUCAGGUGUGGAUGCCCUGCAGCCCUAUACUUUAGUUGUGUAUUACAAUGGACGGGUUUACAACAUCCCAGUGCGCUAUAUUCCCAGCACAAAACAGUACGCCCUGGGCAAGCAGAAGAACAGAGAAGAGCGGUUCAAAACUGUCUCUGAAAUCAUCGAGAACCACCAAAAGAACACACUGGUGUUGGUGGACAUGCAAAGCAAUACAAAAGACAGCACUAGUCUGAGGCACGCAGUGAAGCCGUGACUCAGUUUCCCUGUGGUGGAUCAGCUGCACACAACUUCCUGCACUUUCAUGAUUCUGAAGACCAGUCGGGAACAAACAGUUUGGUGAAGACAGAAAAAAAAAAAAAAAAAAAGUGUCCUUAUGCUGGAAUUGCAACAGGACCAUUUAAUACUGAUCAAAAAGCAAUGUCUUGUUCAUACUGACAAAUGGGUUGUAAAGGUGUGUAAAGUUUUCGUACAUAAGCUGUAUUUAAUGCAUUUAUGUCACAUAGGUUGUUUUUGUUUCACCUCAAGCCAAGACAACUUAGUAAAAUAUUAUGAACCAUUUCAAUUGUUUAAUUACAAUCAGUUUUAGUGAUGAGAUUCAGAAUGUAAAUGGAAACUGAAUUACCUGAUGUCUAGUGUACACAUACAUAUUUCAAGUUAUGGCUAUUCCAAACAUUUCACAUUUCUGGUUCAUAAACAUACAUGGUUGUGCAAACCAAA